GCUAUGCGUUCUAUUUUCUCACUAAGAAACUCCAUGAAAGGAACCUCAAAGCUCUGUUUUUUCCUAUCUAAAACUUCCCAUUGAUCCAACCCUUUUGUUUUCUUCUGUUUUUGUCUUUUUUUUUCUCCGAUUUCCAAGUCGAAAGAGGGAAAUUUUUGGGUAUUUUUCAGUGAAAAAUCCGACUAGUAAUGGAGAAAAAGCAAGGAUUUUUCUCAGCUCUGAAAAAAGAAGUGAUUCGCGGGCUCUCCCCUUCCCGCUCUCGGUCCGUCAGCCCGGCGAGGCCUCGUUCGCCCAUGUCCGGUCUGUUACCGAGGAAGAAAACCAACGUGGCGCAACCGGAGCCGUUGAUCGCGAGAUCCGGAAGUCUAAGGAUCGUCGGGGAAGCGUUGGCUCCGCUCAUUGAAGGCCCCGAUUCCGACGGAGGCGAAGUCAGGGGCUCGAAGCGGGUCGGUUUGGGGCUAGGACAAUGGGUUAAGGGACAGUUAUCGAGGACACCUUCCGUUGCUUCGAUGAGUUAUCGGCGGUCCGAUCUACGGUUGGUUCUUGGGGUCAUGGGAGCGCCUUUGGCUCCGGUUCACGUUAGCUUCACUAACCCUUUGCCUCAUUUGAGCAUCAAAGACACCCCCAUUGAAACUUCCACUGCUCAGUACAUAUUGCAGCAGUAUACGGCUGCUUCCGGUGGGCAGAAGCUGCAAAACUCGAUUCGGAACGCUUAUGCAAUGGGAAAGUUUAAAAUGGUAGCUUGCGAAUACGAGACCGCCGCGAGGACGGUUAAGAAUCACAAUUGCUCGAGAGGCGCGGAGUCCGGUGGAUUUGUGCUCUGGCAAAUGAAUCCGGACGUGUGGUAUGUCGAGCUCGCGGUCGGGGGAAGUAAGGUUCGUGCUGGUUGUAAUGGGAAGAUUGUGUGGAGGCACACGCCUUGGCUUGGGAGUCACACCGCAAAGGGGCCGGUUCGACCUCUGCGUCGUGCUCUUCAAGGUCUUGAUCCGAGAAUCACUGCUAGUAUGUUUGCUGAUGCAAGAUGCAUAGGAGAGAAAAAGAUUGACGGUGAGGAUUGCUUCAUCCUCAAGCUUUGUACCGAUCCGCAGACGCUGAAGGCGAGGAGCGAAGGCCCUGCCGAGAUCAUUAGGCAUGUUUUAUUUGGCUACUUUAGUCAGAAAACCGGACUUCUCGUUCACAUCGAAGAUUCACAUCUGACUCGCAUCCAAACCAACGGUGGUGAUGCUUUUUAUUGGGAAACCACAAUCAAUUCAUAUCUCGAUGAUUACCGACCCGUCGAAGGUAUAAUGAUAGCUCACUCCGGGCGUUCCGUGGUCACGCUUUUCAGGUUCGGGGAAGUUGCAAUGAGCCAUACGAAAACAAAGAUGGAAGAAGCAUGGACGAUCGAGGAGGUUGCCUUCGACGUACCAGGCCUUUCAAUCGAUUGCUUCAUCCCUCCAGGUGAUUUGAGGUCCGGAUCCAUCGGCGAAACCCGCGAACUCCCUCAUGACGAAAAGGGAAAGAAAGCAAUUUCCUUUGCAACACAACAUGCCAAUCUCACGGCCCUAGAAAGACUGAAAGAAACUGAUGCCGGCAGCAAGCAUCGGAAGAUGGAAGCCUAAUGAAAGUCCGGAAAUCACAUAUUGGCAAAUUGUUCAUAUUGGCAGUUGACUAACUUCAAAUAGGUUUUUGCUUCCAUUAAUCUGUAAACAGAGAGCACAAUCAUUCAAAGGUUCCAAGCAAAGACCUUCAUAUGAAUCUUCAUCCUCUCGAUGCGAAUUCAACUAUCGACAACGGAGUCGGAGCUCGGUUAUCCGGUUCGAGGUUAGAGCUAAUGGAGGUUAAUUUUUUUAGGUUAUAUAUCGUGGCACUAUAA